AUGUUUGAAUACAUCCUUGGCAUCUUUGCUGAGUCAUCUCACAUCCCUUUGUUCUACUUGACUUUGUUCGUUGCCUUUUCGUUUCAUCCGGGACUAAAUCGAGCUGUGCACCGAGAGCACCUGUCAUCCUAUGCCCGUGAGUAUGGCAUGAACAACUGGCUCGUACAACUAUGCUUUAUUUACUUCGACUGGAUCAUCUUGGCCAGCCCUGACAAAGAGAGAUGGCACAAGAUUCACCAAGCAGGAACAGUUCAGGCCACAAAAGCAGACACAGAUGAGGUUCCACAAGGCUUCUUCGCCAGGUUUUGGUUUGCACUCCGAAUGCAAUUCAACACGCGAGGUAUUGGCUGGUCACACCAACCUGAGAAGGCCCCUCGCUCUUAUCCACCAGGAUAUCCUCUUAGCAAGUUCAUCCUCAACAAGCUUGUCCGCGCAGCAGUCUUCUUCUUCGUGCAAGACCAAAUCGUAGCCUAUCUCGCGACUACCCCCUAUGGCGUAUACAAAGGAAACGAGCACAUCAAGCCAAGCGUAGGACUCGAGAACGCGUCAUGGGCAGAAAGCUUCGCGCUGUGCUGGGUAAACAUCACCGUCAUAUACGUAAGUGUCGAGUCGGGCAUCUCCAUAUUGAAUAUCCUGUUCGUACUAUGCGGGUACCCCGUGGAGGAAUGCCUCCCAGCUUUCGGCGAUAUAAAAGAAAUGUACACCGUGCGCAAGUCUUGGGGCACCGUAUGGCACAUGAUGAUGCGACGUCAAGCCUCCAGCAUCGGGACUUGGCUCGCACGCGACGUGCUCCGCUUCCGCAAAGGCACGUUUGGGUCCAGGUACACGCAGCUCUUCGCCGGCUUUCUGGUCACCGGCGCCAUCCAUGGCUUUGCCGCAAUGCUCACGCACCGGGACUUCUCCACUAACCGCGAAUUUGAAUUUUUCAUGUCGCAGGCCGUCAUGAUCUUUAUCGAAGAUCAUGUGAUCAAACUCGGGAAAGCACUUGGUCUCCGGCCAAACAGGUUUUGGAGGCUGGUUGGAUAUAUUUCCACAAUCAUAUGGUUCGGACACUCGGUGGCUAUUUGGCAGUCGAGCUCCGUACGACGAGGGAUGUGGGUAUUCAGUCCAAGUUAUGAUCUUUUAGGACUCGGGCCAUGA